GUUGUUUUUCCCCCCACCCUUUUAUGUUCUCAAAAACACAGUCUAAUCACAAAGAGAAAACAGCAGAGAUGUUACGCAGGCCAAUAAUACAGGUGCUUCGUCAGUUUAUAAGACAGGAGUCUGAAUCAGCCACCUCCAUGAUACUUGAAAGGUCCCUGAAUCGGAUCCAGUUACUUGGUCGAGUAGGACAGGAUCCAGUUAUGAGGCAAGUGGAGGGGAAAAAUCCUGUCACAAUUUUUUCUCUUGCAACCAAUGAGAUGUGGCGAUCAGGGGAAAGUGAGGUGUUCCAGGCAGGUGAUGUCACCCAGAAGACAACGUGGCACAGGAUCUCUGUCUUUAGGCCAGGCCUAAGAGAUGUGGCAUACCAGUACGUGAAGAAGGGUGCUCGAAUCUAUGUGGAAGGGAAGAUAGACUAUGGUGAAUAUACAGAUAAAAACAAUGUGAGAAGACAGGCCACAACAAUCAUAGCAGAUAACAUUAUUUUUCUGAGUGACCAUGUCAAAGAGAAGGUGUGAGAUGUUUAGUGCUUGGAACCCAGCCCCUGCUAUUCCUUUCAUUUUACAGUAUUUCCUAAUUCUAAAAUCAUGCAUAUGCUGUGUUUUCUGUAAACAAAUUAAAACGCCCUUUUAUAUAAAUAGAGGAACAAGU